AUGCUACGCAUCCUCGAGUCCCAGGCCCCUGCCCGGCAGACGGCUACCGACACGAUCCAGACUCUCAGUGCCCGUCUGCAGAGUGCCACACUCCUCGAAGAUCGCCGCGCUGCGAUACAAGGCCUCCGAAGCUUUGCCAAACUAUACCCUGCCUCGGUUGCUUCCGGUGGCCUGCGUGACCUGGUCGCUUGCCUGCGACGCGAUGCCGACGACCUCGACACCAUAAAAAUCGUUCUGGAGACAUUACUGGGUCUAUUUGAGCCUGAUGCAAAAGCAGACGAAGCGUCCGAUGAAAUCACUGUCUGGCUGGCGGAUGAGUUCGCCCUCAAGCAGGACAAUGUCACUGCAUUGCUCGAUUUACUUGAAAACCAUGAAUUGUAUCCAAGGUUAUACUCGCUUCAGAUACUGUCUCAUGUCUGCAGCGCCAGACCUGAACGGACACAAGAGGCUGUCUUCGCAGCCCCUCUGGGUGUGUCGCGCGUUGUGGCUAUCCUCGACGACAAGAGGGAAAUGAUUCGGAAUGAGGCGCUCCUUCUCCUGGUGUCCCUGACUCCAUCCUCUACUGAGUUGCAAAAAGUUGUGGCGUUCGAAGAUGCAUUUGGACGAAUUUUCAAUGUCAUUGAGACCGAAGGCGGUCUUACACACGGUGCGACCACUGUGCAGGACUGCCUUGCAUUGCUAGGAAAUCUUCUCAAGCUCAACACUUCGAAUCAGUCCUACUUUCGAGAGAUCGGCGGCGUCGCAAGACUGGCGAAGCUCCUGGCCGAUGCUCUUGCUGAAGAGAACGGCCCAGAAGGAGUUACGGAAUGGAUCAAGCCGCAGCGAGACAUCAAUGUUUGGGGCCUAUUGACCGUCAUACAGCUGUUUCUACCGAAAGGGGCUCCUGGCACAUCUAUCAACCAACAGGCCUUCUGGCAAAGCAACGUGCUAUCAAGAAUUCUGCAGCUUGCUUUUCACGUCUCGUUCAGUGUGGGCAUCCGGGCAAAAGCUCUCGAAACUUGUGGCGACAUCAUCCGCUCAAAUUCUGGCCUGCAAGAGCGCUUUGGCGAUCUUCCAGUACAGAUCCCGUCCAGAAGCGAGGCACCCGUGACGAAUGGACACUCAAUCCCAGCUCCGGGAGGCAAGAUCAACGAAAAGCCGCCAAGCAAACCUAAACAGGUGUUGGAGGAGGUUAAUGUGAUCGAGGCUCUUCUUGAACUAUCACUGGAGCCCGCGCCAUUAUCAAUGUUUGAUGUUCGUCUAGCAGCUUCAAAUUGUGUCCAGGCUUUCAUAGAAGGUCAUAAUGGUAUUCGCGAGCACGUUCUGCGAAGGGCAAUUGAAGGCCACCGAAGCGGCGAGGAUGUCAUCCCUAAUAUCCUUACCGUCCUGCUCGAACCUCCAGCAGCACGCAGCACCUCUGAUCCUUACCAGCAGUGGAUGGCUGCCGUUAUACUCAUGCACUUACUUUUCGACAACCCCGAUGCCAAGAGCCUUGCGCUCAAGGUUGCCGAAGGCGAUGCCGACAAUGGCGAGGAAGUGGUCACCUUUGUACAAAGUGUGGCCAGCAAUAUUAUUGCAGGUGUGCAGCAUGUCGAAGACGAGCGCGCCCUGCUUGGUUGUCUCAUGCUUCUCUGUACCUGGCUCUUUGAAGAUCCGGAUGCCGUCAAUGACUUGUUGGGCGAAGGCACCAAUGUGCAAGGACUCAUUGCAGCUGUCAAGGUCUCUAAUACUUCGAUGCCGCUUGUUUCAAGCCUUUGCGCACUCUUGAUCGGCAUCAGCUACGAAUUUUCCACCAAAGACUCUCCUGUACCACGUGCAUCACUGCACAGCCUGCUGAACACAAACCUUGGUCGCGAGACAUACGUGGAUCGAAUGACAAGGCUUCGAGAGAAUCCUUUCGUGCGGGAUUUCGAGGUUCUGCCUCAAAGUAGCAACGGUGGUCUACCUGAUGUCUUCUUUGACAAGGCUUUCGUUGACUUUUUGAAAGACAACUUCAGUCGCCUUCUACGCACUAUUGACCGAGACCCAGGUUUUGAGGUCUCGGUCUUGAGCAAUGGCGUACAGAAGGGCAUCUCCAGGGAUCUCGUUGACAGCCUGAGGGCAGACGUGGAGGAGCAGAAGCGACUUUUGGAAACGGCAAACAACGAGCUUCUGCAACUACGUCGGAAGCUGGAAGAUGAAGAGCUCGAGCAUCGUAGAACGCGGGAGUCAAGUACUGUCGACUUGAACAGAAUCAAGCAAAUCAACCAAAGCCUGCAAAACAAUCACGAAGACGAAUCCGCAAGGAUGAAGCAAGACCACGCCCGCGAACUGAAUUCGAUGAAGAAGAGCCAUGACGAAGACCUCAAUCGACGGCGGAUCGACCACUCAGCAGCCAUGGAUGCAGCCCAGAGACAACGAGACCAGGAGCGACAGAAAUUCGUGCAGGAGGCAAAAGAGCAAGAGCAACGUUCCAACCAAGCCAGGGAUAAACUGAUCAAAGAGCACAAGCAGGCGCUUGAGCAGGCAGCUAAGAAUUUUGACUCGGCCGCAAACGACCAUCGAAAAGAGAUCGACGACCUGCAGCUUCGGCUCAAACAAGCUAGGGAUGGCAACGAGGCAGAAAUUGCUGAUCUGAAAGGUCAAGUUGAUGAGCUUAAGAAGCAGCUUGCCAAAGCUGAGAAGAAUCAUUUGCAAGAUCUUCAGACCGCUAAUGACGAACAUACGGCUAAAUUGUCGGCCAUGGAAGGACGCCUCAAGAGAGCCGAACAACGUGAGAAGGAAGCCAGUGCCGAGCUCAAGACGCUAUCAAAGAAGGUCGAAGAAGUAGAGGAGUCACGGAAGGCUGCGCAGACGGAGCUUGAUGAUUUGCUGGUCGUGUUCGGCGACCUCGAAGUUAAGAGAAAGGCCGAUAAAGCGAAACUAAAGGAACUUGGACAAGAAGUCUCUGAAGACGAGGACGAGGAAGACGAGGAGGAAGCGGCCGAAGAUAGCGAUGUGGACUAG